UAUCUGCUAGUAUACCCGGCAAUACGAUCAAGGGAAUUAUGAUUCGUGCACGGCCGAAAUACGGAGAUACGGAGAAAAUAGUGGGUCGGUUCAUAGAUUGGCCAGCAAACAAAAUACAAACUCUAGAUUGUCUUGGUGGAGUGAAGAAUAUGAUUACCCACCGCAAUAAUGCACCUGUCCCUUACAUAGACCUAACAUGGACAGCCCCGAAUGUAUCAGUUGGUGAUAUAGAAUUUGUCAUUAGCUUUGUUGAAGAAUUUACAAUAUUCUGGGUAGACGAGAUUGUAGAACUGUCAGCAGUUGAAAUAGUAGAUGAACCACCAACUGAAGAACUGUCACCAACAUUUGAGAUAAUUGACUGGUCGGCGUGCGGGAACAGUAAAGGAUGUUUCUUGUAUCCAAGAACAUGCUCGGGUCAUGACUGUUAUGCUGCAGUAACAUUUAAGACAACAAAUGACACGGUGGAAUUUGAGAUGUUUGGUUCACAAGAAGGUUACGUUUCUGUCGGAUUUUCUGAAGAUGUUCAUAUGGGUAAUGAUGAAACAAUCACCUGCACUACAGGGGGAUCGAAGCAUGCGAUACAACGUGGUUACAACCAUGAAGAACUUUAUAACGAAAGACAGCUAAAGUACGGUUUAUUUGAUAUACAAGGGACAUACAGUGAUGGUAGACUAUACUGCAGAUAUAAACGUCCUUUGUCAAUGUUUGUCUACAUAGGAGAGGGCCAUAAAGCAAAGCAUUAUUAUGACCUGUCUGAAGAGUUUUAUCUGAUGCUUGCAUGGGGUCCAAUUUAUCAUGGAACUGAAGUGAUGGGAAUACACAAAGUUCUACCUCUAAUAUCAAGUCAAAAGGUGAAUUUUCAAAGUCAUGGUAUCGUCAGAGGAUCAUCUUUACCACUCCUGACUCAAACACAUGGAGCUUUAAUGUUGAUUGGCUGGAUGUGGUUAGUUUGCCUAGCAACAAUCGUGGCCAGACAUUUCAAACAAGGAUUUAAGAAUAAAGAAGCAUGUGGAAGUAAAAUAUGGUUCCAGAUUCAUAGAACUUUGACAAUUCUAACAUGGCUUCUUACAGUUGCAAGUUUCAUUUUGAUAUUUGUAGUUGUCGACGGGUUAACCGAGCUCGCAGAAGUACAUAGUUAUUUAGGAAUAACUGUGAUGUCUGCUUCGACUAUACAAGUAGCCAUGGGUCUGCUACGACCGAAACCAGGCUCUCAAAUGAGAACUAUAUUUAAUUGGGGUCACUGGUUCUUAGGGAAGAGUACAAUAAUCAUUGCAGCUGUGACAUUUUUCUUUGCUUUCAACAAUGAGAUAAUACCUCAACCCCAAACGUACUUUGCAAACAUUGUUCUUGGUGUUUAUGUUGGUAUUCAAGUGUUGUGGGAGCUAUGGUUUGAAAUCAGCAAGAAAUUUGUUUCACGCAACCAUUCCGAACAAUACAAACUUAAAGACAUGUCUAAGAAGUCAAAUGGACGGAGUAUUGGCAAGAAAUUAGACGAUGACUACGUAAAUCCAUCCAGUUCAACCCCAACACCGGAUAAAUCUCUUUGUUUGUACAUCAUUAGUAUGAUCAUCAUGACAGCGGCAGCGCUGGCCUCCAUAUUUAUAUUCUAAUUUAACUGUUUGAUAUCUCACA